AUCUACUCCAGUAACACACGAGCCCCUGCACAUUUAACCAGUUGACAAGUGUGUUGAGUUAGAUUGAGAACUUGUAAAGUCUGGAGUUUACAGGUGUUGAACACUCAUGAAUUUGAGUGAAUCUGAUUUGUUGCGAUCACUUUGAACCUCGGUGAACUGUCACACUUGCUCAGACAACUCUUUGACAUGCGAAGGGAAAAUUACUGGGGUUUGAAAUGUGCCUCUACCCCUAAAUGAUUUCAGUUAAGUGGUCCAGGUGAUGUCACUGACAGGAAGUAGCUCAUGGAAACUAAGAAAGCAGAAGUGUUGAGGUUGAUGUCUGUUUGUUUUCUUUAUUUGUUGUUAAGUUUAUACAGGUUAUAAACAAAAACGUGUUGUGUCAUACUGUUACUGGACACUUCUGGUUUAAAAUAUUGUUUAAUAAUAGGUUUUUACACUUGUAUAAUUCUGUUUGUAUGGCCUACUUUUUAACAUUUCAUAACUCUAGAAAACUUUUCCAGAUCUUCCUGCUCGUGGCCUAACAGCCCAGCACACAGUAAUCCAUUCAGUAGGCCCCACAAUGGGAUAAUAAGGAAGGCAUGAUCUCGUCUGCCGGGCACAAUAUUCAUACUUAGAAGGGCACUGCAGUUUGUUUCAGUCGCUCUUGUUGUCUAAUUUUCUCCAAAUCUGAUAAAGCCAGUGUUUUCUACUUGGUCAUGGGACAGCUUGCUUGUGCUCACAAGCCCUGCUCAGGUUGUUUUGAGGCAAAGUUUAUUUCUCGAUGUGGACUCACAAGGUGCUGUUUUUGUGGCUUACUUAAUAAUUCAAUUUUUUAAUAAUUCAAUUUUGGGGUAUUCUGGGUGUCUGUCUCGUCAGAGUUUAAGUACUAUCACACAUCAGCUGUGGAUAAGUGCUGACAUGCAAAAUGGGGGACUUUGAGAAGAUAUGGCGUGAACACUGUGAGGAUGAGCAGACUCUCAGUGAAUAUGCCUUUGCCAUGAAGAGUCUUGCUGACAACCACUGGGCCAAGAAGUGUGAAGGAGAGGGCCGCAUUGAGUGGUGUCGCAGUGUUUGUCAGGAGUACUUCAUGGAUGGGGGGAUGAGGAAGGUGUUGGAGAAGGAUGAGAAGGCUGCGAGGCAUGCUGCAGCUUCAAAUGGAGCACCUUUAAAUGCUCAACCAGACUCCUCUCUGCCUAGUUUUAGCUCAAGUUUCCAGUUUGGGAAGAUGCGUUUGCUGGAUGUAGGUAGUUGUUUCAAUCCCUUCUUGAAGUUUGAUGACUUCCUCACAGUAGGAAUUGACAUAGUGCCUGCGGUGGAGAGUGUGUACAAGUGUGACUUCCUCAACCUGCAGCUGCAGCAGCCUCUGCAGCUGGCCACUGAUGCACUUGAAGCUUUCUUACGGCAGCUCCGUGCUCCUAUUGACGCGUUGCCAGCACAGCUAUUUCACGUGGUGGUUUUCUCACUGCUCCUGUCGUACUUCCCCUCACCAUACCAGCGCUGGCUGUGCUGCAAGAAGGCCCAUGAACUGCUCACACUGCAUGGUCUCCUCCUGAUCAUCACGCCAGACUCCUCCCACCAGGGCCGCCAUGCGCUCAUGAUGCGCAGCUGGCGUGUGGCUGUAGAGUCACUGGGCUUUAAACGCUACAAGUACGUCAAGUUCUCGCACAUGCACCUCAUCGCCUUUCGCAAAGUUUCCAUCACCACCACAAGCGACCUUGUGAGCCACAACUACCCAGAGAUGCUCUACAUACCGCAGGACUUCAACAUGCUGGAGGACGAGGAGGGCUUCACAGACUGCCGUGAACCGACGCGCUCUGAUUUUGAGGAUGACCAGUUAAUGCGUGGCUUUGCAGAGCUGCCAGAUGCUCCUUAUGACUCCGACUCUGGCGAGAGCCAAAGCAGCUCAGCACCUUUUCAUGAGCUGGAGGACCCCAUUCUGUUACACAGCUGAACCCCACUUCCAAAUGCCUAGCUUUGCUGCCCUACAGCUGCACUGGCAGAUUAACGCUGGGCUGUUUUCCCUGCUUUUUUAUGAUGCAGUUUGCACAAAGUUUGAAGAUGAUGUUUACACAGAUGUCCCCCCCCUAAAUGGCACAUCUGGUAGGGGAAAAGAUGUCCUGGGGUGAGUCCUACUGUUAGGAUUCAGGUUCAAAUCAUGUGCCAUCUGGGGGUUUAUGAGAAUGCAACUGGCAGGAUCACUCUCUCCCCCUGUUGUUGGUGAUUUUGAGGUAGCAUUCUUCAUUUAUGCGCAAAGCCUUCUCAGAUUGUCGGUGAUAAUGUGUUUUACUACAUUUUGAAUUGAUUAUGACUAAAUUGGGGAGAAAAACGUUUACACUUGGGUGGUUCGGAAUCUGAAUUCUGAAAAUUUAUUAGGUGAAAGACACUGUGUUUUACACAUUUAAACAUAUCCACACGCUGAAAAGAAACUGAUAAUAGUUUUGUAGUUGAAAGGGUUUGAUUUUGUAAGUAAAGCCACUGAGUGAGCUCAGGAUAAAGGAUUUGUGUGCUCUUUCUCAGUCCACUUUUCAUACAGUGUCAUCUGGACAGGAUUUGUCAAAACCUUUUGAAGUAACAUAGACUUUUUGUAUUGUAGACUCAGACAUUGUCAGUGGCUAAAAAAUACAGUAGUUUGAUUAGUUACCGUAGAGAGUUUUAGCGCUGUUUGAUCAUUUCACGAUAGGUUGGCUGCUGUUGGACGCUGACAGUAGCUUGUACAAUUUUAUAUCAGUAUCUUUUGGUAUAGAUUUGCCAGUGAUAUUUGUAGCAUUUUAGGUGUUCAACAGUAUCAAUACGUAGGCUAUGUGUAUUUGGCUUGCUUAUGUGACACUGUGACUGUAACUGUUUUCUAAUGGAUCACUUUCCAUGGUACAAAUCAUGCAAGGUAGUUGUAGUUCAUAAGAACAAUCUUUGACAAGACUAAGAUGGGGGGAUGUUUUGCCCCUUUAUAGGGGUUUUUGAAAGGAUGUUGUGCAAGACCUUUUCUUAUCUUCUGAUCAAAAAGACCUAAUAUUUUUUAGUUGUGUAGCUGUGAACUUUGGAAGGUAAGAGUUGUAACCUACAGGCUUCUGUCCUCGACACAGGCUUGCAUUCUGUCCUUUUUGCCAUGCCUUUACUGAAUACUGAAUGAUGAUUUGUUACUUUCACUGAAGAUUUUCAAAUCAAAGGAUGAUUCUCAAAGACUUAUACCAAUGUCUUAAAGCUACUUUUUUUCAUUAUUUACUGUGUGACUGAUUUGCAACUCAUUUAGCUCUUAGAUGCAUACAUUGAACCUUUGUGGCUAAAAUAUAUUAGUUACAUGUUUGGAGAAAACUUUAAACCAAACCGUUCAACUUUUCUGGAUGAUUUACCUCAAUGAGGUUUUUCUUUCAUAUCUUGUUGUGUAAUUGUGCCAAGUGCUUUACACCCUCUUUGUAUUUCACUGUGAAAUAGGCAGUUUCUUUCACUGCAGCAGUUGCACUUGUUUAUGAACACUGUCUACGGAGGCGUUUAAUAAGAGCUACUUGAUGUUGCUCUUGCUUUCUCAUAAGAAUAGCAAUAGAUCCAUAAUUUUAGAGGAAUGGUUUAGUGGAAAUGAUCAAAUUUACCCAGUUCUCCACUCAGUCUAGAUAUAGUCAAUCAGCCAAAACACGUUGGGUGUCCAGAUUUUGCUUCUGUAGUUUUAAACUGGAGUUACAUGGCUAAUGUUUCUAACCAGCACAAGAAGUCCGUAGACUUGAUACCUGACGGAUACCCACAAUUUCUCUCAAAACGUAUCCAGGAACUGUGCAGACUGGUACGUGUGGUUUAGGACACAGUAUGACUUACUGUGAACUAUUAAAAAUGAGAAAACUUUUAAUUAAAAAAGUUUCGCACUAUUUCUGGUCUCUAAAAUGGUUGCCCCCAGAAUUCAGCUACACUGAAAAGUUUUGUUCAUAUUUGUAGGGUACAGUAAGUCACACUGUGUCCUAAACCGGGGGUUCUCAACCUUUUCCACCCUAAGGCCCACCUGUACUACAAAGAGGCCCACAGGGAUACUGAAAUCAAAAUCGGAAAGAUCAACUGAAAUCAAAAUCCACUUAUGUAUUUAUGGCUUGCAGUGUUGUUACCAUCCCACUACAAAUUACUGACUCCCUCUGAGUUCAGGCCCGUGGACCGCUAGAGGGUACUUCACGGCUCAUUAGUGGUUCAUGAUCCACAGGCUGAGACACCCUGUCAUAAACCACAUUGACAACAUUUUUUCAAAGAUCUAUUUUUACAGAAACAAUUUGGGUGACUGUUGGCUUCAAGUGUUUGUUAGCAGUUUAGCAUUCUUAAAAACUGAGGUGCUUUAGUUAAGAAAAUGGUUCUGUAUAGAACCAUAUGAAUGCUCAAAGAACACUGCUUGAUUAAAGGGUUCAUUGCAUCAUGAAAUUGUUCUUUGGAUUGAUGGAGAAUGUGUUGCAGAUGGGUCAAUGGAAAGGGUUUCAUAAAGCACCAAAAAUGUCAAGCUUGUAACAACAGAUGUAUCUUUUUUUGGUGCCAUAUAGAACCCUUUCCUACAAGGUUCUGUAUAGAACCAUCUGCAGCACAUUCUCCAUCAAUCUGAAGAACCAUUUCAUGACUGAAAGAACCCUUUAAUCAUGCAAAAGGCUCUUUGAGUGCUCAUGAAUCUAUUUUCGGUAGAACCGUUUUCUGAACUAAACAACCAUUGAAGAACCUUCUUUUUUAGGUUUGUGUAAAGAAGCAUAAUUAAUAGACACCAAAUAUGUCUUGGCUAAUCAGUUACAUCUGGCAUAGUGGAAAAUUUUGUAAAUUAGAUAUUUUCCUGAACUAUUCCUUGUUAGACGUUACCACAGCACAAUUUCUGACCUGAAUGUUUCUUUGUCUGUAUGACAACGUACAAGAUACACAGAUGAUUCAGUGGCUCUUAUUAAUCCAUCAAACGAAAGUGUUUAAUUUCUGAAAGCUUUGUUUGAGUGGCUGCAUAUAUUGUUCCAGUCUGACACAUUUCUGAAAGCAUAAGUCAGUUUUAAGGAUGCCAAAAAUACCAGCCCUUCAUUGUGAUGUGAGUCAUUUUAUAUGAAGACAUUGUUUGAUGACAGUGGUGAAGGCACACAGUGAAACACUGGUUCGCCUGUUUGAUAUCGAAUCAGAUAAACCCUUAAGGUGCCUUUUAGCCCAAACUGUAUUUUUGCAUCUGAAGAAGGUUGAGAGAAUUGUGAUUGUGGUUUGCUGCUUAAGGAUGGACAAAUCCUGAAAUUCUAUGAAUAUCAGAAACCAAACUCUGAACAUUUGAAAGAAAAUGCUGGCCUUUAACCAGCUGGUGAUAAAUAGCAUCACUAAAUACUGUCAGCCACUUUAAUCGCAUUAGCAAUAGUAUUUAUAGGCUUUGUGUUUAGUGUGUAUUUAAUUCAUGAGAAUGUUGGACAUUUUACAACAAAAAAGCUUUUUACUCUGCUUUACUUGAUGUGUUCUUGCAUUGUACUGCCUUGUCUUCCCAUGGCCCUGAUCCACUGUGUGCAUAAAUAGUUUCUCUUCAGUGUU